CCAUGGAGACCGUGGAGCAUCCCAUCAGGAUGGACGUCGAUCCGGAGGAGACUCUGUGGUUUACUCAACAAGGUGGCGCCCGCUAACGUCGACCGCAUCGCUGAUCACUUCGCUGCCUUAGCCAUCAAUCUAGGUAGAUCAGGGGAUGUAAAAAGUGUUGAAGCGGGGGGCCAGAUGAUCGUACAUCGAUGUACGGUAGACCCAACGCGGAUCGGGCUCUAUGCAAAGCUGGUGCAGAGAGCGGCUGACGCACUAGAGGGGGAAAGCCUCGCUUGGCGAAGCGUGGACCCAUACCAUCUCGACGACCCUGCGACCUCCCUGCCAGCAGCAGUACAA